UUUAACAAAGAGAGCAUUGUCAGUUACUUGGACAGGGCUUUCGCUAUCUGUUCAAAGCUGAAGUCAUGGAAGGAAAUCAAAAUGUUGACAGUGCUACACAUUUGCUCUGCACACGUGCUGAAAGCUGUAGCUCAGUCAAUUGGGAGAAGGACUGCAGACAAGGGUUUGAAGGAAUUUGCAACAUUUGCAUUUGCGAGGUUGCAAAAUGCUACUUCAAUGACCACAGCACUACACAUCUUCCGCUCACUGUGCACUGUGUUGAUUGGAAAGCACAAUUCCAAUGCUGUCCUGAUCCAUCUGAAAGCCAUGAAGGACUUCAUAAAAGAAUGCAGGAUUCCCGACAUGGAAGAGGGGGACAAGUUAGGAGACAGUCCCUUAACUCAGGAGGAAGAUGAUGAAGAAAGAAGAAAUGCCCACACAAUUGUUGGCAGAUCUCCCUUCACAUAUGAGUUUAGGAAGGUCAUGGAGGAGGUACAGGGAGAGCUUGAAAAAGAGGAGGUCGAAACCCCACAGGAUGAAAAUCCAUACUUUUGCCCUGGCAUUGUUGAUGUCCUUUUUGACAACUAUCUAGGGAUUUUUCCCCUUUGGAGUGGGCUGCUGUUGGGGAAUUUGAAAAGAUAUGCAACUGACACAGAGGAAGACACAUUUGGCCAAAGUAAAACAAGGGACACAAACUGCCAUGUGGAGAGAUGGUUUGGAAUAGUCAAACAUUCUAUUCUAAAAAAGCAGAGACGACUGAGGCCAGCGACAUUCAUCAGAAAGAUGUAUGGCUCUCUCCAGGGGAGGUACAGAGAACACAUAAUGGCACAUCACUUAUCUGAGCAGUUACUCCUCAAAACUUUGCUACCAAAAGACAUCAGUCAAUCGAAGGAAGGUUGGGCAAAGAGAGAUGGAGCAAAGCCUCGCACUUCCAGCUCCAAAUAUUACACCACUCCAGACAUUCUUCCAGUUCCAAAAAGAGCAAAGUUAACUCUGAACACUGGUGAAGAUAUUCAGAGCAGCACAGAUGUGGAGAACAGCAGCAACCCCACAAGUAAAGGGUCCAAGCCUGCAACAGAGGUUGAUGCCCUUUGGACAUGCAAACCAACUGAAGUUGUUGUGGCUGUUGUAAGACAUGCUGAAGAGAAGCAUAAUUUCACCCUGAGGCACAGAGAAUUUCAGAGUUUGAGACCUGACGAACUCAUCAUAGGCGAGGUAAUGGAAUGUUACAUUAGAGGCAUCCUCAACCUGAAGGAUAAUGCUGGUCGUCUAUAUCUCCUGGAUCACUACACCAUGGGUGUAAUCCUACACGGCACCCGAGAGCAGAUAGCCAGGCAAGAGCUAAAAAAGGUGACAUUUGAUCUCUAUGAUGGAGCCAUUGGAUUUGUCAAUAUAAGAAAUGUGCACUGGAAGUUUGUGUACCUCCAUGCCCUUUCAAACCACAUUUAUGUGGUUGAUCCUCUGCAAGGGUCAAAUGAAGUUGAGGACUCCAGAAAGGCUGCUUACAAAUUUGGAGAGUAUUUCAAGAUGCGCCGGAACAGACUGGGAAAAGAGGACUGGGUUAGCAUCAAAUGGCAGCCUGGAAAAAUAACCCACACCUUCCAGAAAGAUGCCACCAGUUGUGGAGCCUUUGUCAUGCAGAUGGCCAAGAUGACAGUGAAGGAAUUUCCCAAAAUUCCAAAGACGUUUCACAUCAAGUCAUCACAACAUCUACGAAGAGACAUGGCAGAAGAAAUUCUCAGAGGAUCAGUUUCAAAGGAUGACUUCUGUUCCUUCUGUGGAAUUGAGGACCUGCCCACAACUGCUGUUGAUGCUGUUUGGAUUCAGUGUGAAACUUGUGGGAGAUGGUUUCACACGCAGUGCCUCGGAAUGCCUGCUGCACGAAUACCCAAAAAGAAUACCCCGUGGUAUUGUGUUUUGUGUAUCCUCACAAACUAAAGAGGCUAGAGAUUGCCUACCCGGUUCCGACCCUGCCUGUCCCCGACCUGCCUGCUCUGCCUGCUCUGCCUGAUCCCUGAUCCUGCCUG